AUGGGCCUCAUCUCAUUCAUUUCUGGCUACAUAGCCCCUAUGUUUAUCAUUAUAUCUCCCAUAACUUCAUAUGCGGAUCAGACAUACUCGAUACACCGGAGCAAGUCUAGCGCGGGCUUUUCUUUAGACAUUCCUUUGAUUAUGCUUGUUGCGUCGCUUCUAAGAGUUUUCUACUAUCCGGGGGCCCAUUUUGAUAAGUCCUUACUGAUACAGUCGUUUAUCAUGAUUGUCAUGCAAACUAUGCUGUUGAAAGUUGCACUCGAUCAGCGACCGUCACCAUCAUCGAAAGGGGGAGAUGCAGCCAUUCCAUUUGCUGGGCAUAGGGACGGAGAUCAUGGCGGGUCAAGACCAUAUAAUUUCUGGCAAUGGCGUUCCCCGAAGCCAUACUGGCAGUUCCUUCUUUACCUGUUUAUAGCCCUCAUCGCAUGCGAACUCAUUCUCUCCCCUACCCCAUGGUUCUAUUCUGUCUACUCCGACUCCAUCGGCUACAUUGGCCUUGGUGUAGAAGCAAUACUCCCAAUUCCGCAAAUUAUUGCCAAUUUCAAAUCUCGAUCCUGCAAAGGUUUCCGGUUUUCAGUCAUGGCCAGCUGGAUCGCCGGUGAUAUAAUGAAGAUGUUCUGGUUUUUCACUGCGACGAGCGCUAUACCGUGGGCUUUUAAGUUAUGUGGCAUGUUCCAGAUGUGCUGCGAUCUGUUUUUGGGUGUACAAUUCUGGAUGUAUGGAGACGGGGAUGGAGAUAAGAAGAAAGAUGCCUACAGAGCACCAACUGGAGAGAAAGAUGUGCGAUUGUCAUGA